GUUUUUGAGCUGCAUUUUUGGGGCCCAACUUUUUUCUCAUUUUUAGAUUUACUUUUACUCUCAUUUUUUAUUUUUUGCUUUUCCUUAAUACAUUCAUUUAAUUACAAUGCUUGACAUCAACCUGUUCCAGGCCGAGAAGGGUGGCAAUCCCGAGCUCAUUCGCGAGUCCCAGCGCCGUCGUAACGCCAAGCCCGAGAUCGUCGAUGAGGUUAUUGAGCAAUACCAGGAGUGGACCGAUGUAAAGUUCAGACUUGACGAGACCAACCGCAGCAUCAACUCUGUCCAGAAGGACAUUGGCAAGAAGAUGAAGGCCAAGGAGGACGCAUCCGAUCUACUGGCCAAGAAGAAGGAGCUCGAGGCGACGAAGAAGGAUCUGAUUGAGGAAGAGCAGGUCAAGGACAAGGCGCUCCGUGAAAAGGUCGGCAGUGUUGGCAACAUUGUUCACGACUCUGUCCCUGUGAGUGCCAACGAGGACGACAACGAGGUCAUCCGCACGCACUUUGUUGGCGGCGUCGAGCCCACGCGCCAGACCAACAUGCGCUCCCACCACGAGGUGCUGUACCUGCUGGGCGGCUACGAUCAGGAGCGCGGCGCCAAGGUUGCCGGACACCGUGGCUACUUCCUCACCGGCGCUGGUGUUGACCUCAACCUCGCGCUGAUCAACUACGGCUUGCAGUUCCUCGCCAAGCGGGGCUACACCAAGAUCCAGACUCCGUACUUUAUGCGCCGCGAGAUGAUGGCCAAGACUGCGCAGCUGUCGCAGUAUGACGAGGAGCUCUACAAGGUUACCGGCGAGGGCGAGGACAAGUACCUCAUCGCAACCUCCGAGCAGCCAAUCUCCGCUUACCACUCGGGUGAGUGGUUCGACCAGCCAUCCGAGCAGCUGCCCGUCAAGUAUGCCGGCUACUCGACGUGCUUCCGCAAGGAGGCUGGCGCGCACGGCAAGGACACCUGGGGAAUUUUCCGUGUGCAUCAGUUCGAGAAGGUCGAGCAGUUUGUGCUGACCGAACCCGAGAAGUCGUGGGAGAUGUUUGACGAGAUGAUUGCCACCUCCGAGGAUUUCUUCAAGUCCCUUGACAUUUCGUACCGCGUUGUCGCCAUCGUGUCGGGUGCGCUUAACGACGCUGCCGCCAAGAAGUACGACCUCGAGGCCUGGUUCCCGCACCAGGGCGAGUAUAAGGAGCUGGUUUCGUGCUCUAACUGCACCGACUUCCAGUCGCGCAACCUGGAGAUCCGCUGCGGCACUAAGAAGAUGGGCGAGCGCGAGAAGAAGUACGUGCACUGCCUCAACUCGACCCUCUGUGCCACCGAGCGCGCGCUCUGCUGCCUCAUCGAGAACCAUCAGACGCCCGAGGGUCUCAAGAUCCCGGCGCCCCUGGUACCCUACAUGGGCGGUCUCGACUUUAUCCCCUUCGUCAAAGACAGCGUCCCCAAGCACAUGAUGAAGUGAAUGACCAUCGCCCUUUGACUUUUGACAAUAAAAAGCGUUCAGUCUCGCUCACUUGCUUGAUAAAAAUAUUGUUUGGAAACAGUUGAAC